AAAUUAUGACAAUAGUCUGACCGAACUUAUUUUUAUUAUUUACGUGUAAUUAUUCGUACUUUAAAAGAAUAUAAUUAAUAAACAUAUAUUAAAUAGGCAAUAAUUAUAUUUGAUAAAUAAAUAAAGUAAAAAAUGAAGUGUUUUUUGUGUAAAUCAACAAAAAGUGAAAGUAUUUCUCUACACAAGUACGUAUACAUAUAAUUGUAACCUGCAAAUAUCAUAUAAUUAAUACAGUAUUAAGUAUAUGAUUUCCAAAAAAAUCUAACUUACGUGAAAAAUGGGAAAUCGCUUGUGGAUGCGAGGAAAUAAAUGUAAAUAAUCUCUUUAUAUGUUCACAACAUUUUACACCAAUGCAAAAAAGAGUCUCAAGAGGUACUGGAAAAGCAGUAACAUAUAUCGACCAAAAAGCAAUUCCUUCAAUCGGAGUACCACAUCCACCUGAAGAGAUUUUUUUAAAUGAAUCUGUUUUACAAAACAAUUUUGUUAACAACGAGUCGUCAGCUGGUUGUUCAAAAACAAAUUCUUUAACUACCGAUAUAAGUGAAGAACAAAUUGUAAUUGAUUGUAAUACAGAAGAUAAUGUCGAAGUAUUUAUUGAUAAUCAAGAGUCAUUUCCAUCCAAUUCUUCUCAAGAUACGAGUAAUAAAUAUGAAGAAAGUUUAACAGAGAUUGACCAAGAGAUUAUUCAAGCUGGUAGAGAAAAUGAUGUACCACAACAUCACGAUAAGAUUUUGCUUGAUACUCUUAAUAAUAAUACUGAUAUUAACAUUAUUAGAAAUGAACACAAAUACUCAGCCGCGGUAAAACGUCAACGUAAGGAACCUCUUUUCCCAUCUCAAAUUGAAUAUGAAGACUUUAUAGAUGAUCCAAAGAAAGCCAAACGUUUAAUAAAGAUGAUAAUUGAGACAGAUCGCAAAUAUCGAGAAGAAAAUCAAAAACUAAAAAAGCAGAUUAAGUAUUACAAAAAAAAAUAUGGAAGUGUUCGACAUAUGGUAAAUGAUUAAAAAAAGAAGAAUUUGUGUACACUAGGAAAUGAAGAGUCAAUCACCUUAACGUAUCACGUUGGUACAUGAAAAUAAAAAAAAAUGACUACUUGUCCACACACUUUGCAUCAUCAUUUGUUGAACAGUCUGUUCUUCAUAUUGCUGGUUACGUAUCGUACAAACCUAUAACGACAGCUGUUGAUUGUGUUAUUUGUAAAAGCCAUUUAAUUGGUGGUAAAAUGCUACUUUUAAGUCAAUUAAAAAACUAUAUCGUAAAGCAAAAGAUAUAUCACAAAAAAAUGAGUGCAUUUGAUCAAAAUUUACCAAACUCAUCCAGUUUUUUGAUCAACAAUAUAUAAAAAAAUAUUUCAUAAUUCAUCAUUAUUAUUUUUAUAAUUAUUAAUUAAGUAUCAUUAUUUAUUAUUGUUAUAUUUGUCCUAGACAUAAUUAUGAAACAUUGAUAAAUAAUAAUAUACAUAUACGUAUAUAUUUAAUUAUUUAAGAUCAAUGCGUUGUUAUAAAUGUUAUUGUAUGAUUCAAAUAAAAUAUUUUCAGCUUAAAAA